AUGGAAUUUCCACAAACAUAUGGUAUUCUUGCGAAUAAUGAAUAUAAAUUUCAAGGGAACAUUAUCGUUGUUUUAUAUGAGAAAAAAUUUGGCUUAUAUCCAUAUUAUAAAAAUUUUUCUGAUCCAACAUCAGCUGUUAAUGGUGGUAUUCCUCAGCGUGCCAACCUCACAGCUCAUUUAGCAAAACUUCGCGAUGAUAUCGAAAAAGCGAUACCGAAUGAGGGAUUUAAUGGUUUGGCUGUAAUUGAUUACGAGAAAUGGCGACCUCUUUGGGAACAUAAUUGGUAUACAAAACGAAUUUAUCGGCGGGAAUCGAUAGCUUAUGUUAUGGAACGAUAUCCAAAUAAAAAUAAAACUGAUGCUAAAUUGACUGCUAUGAAUGAAUUCAAUCAAGCAUCAUUGGAAUUUUUAAUCAAAACUAUUCGUGAAGCAAAAAAAAUUAGACCAUUUGCGUUAUGGGGAUAUUAUGGAAUGCCAUUUUGUAAUUAUUCUGCAGGGAGAAAUGGUACCAUAGCAUGUGGUGAAGUGUUUGAAAGAUUUAAUGAUCGACUACUACCUCUGUACAACGAAUCUACCGCUCUUUAUCCUUCUAUUUAUUUACCCAAAAGAGAAAUGAAUCUGAUUGGUUGCCUUUACGUCAUUUCCGUUCUUAAAGAAGCUAAACGUAUCGCAGAUGAACUGCAACUACCGAUAUAUGCAUUUACUGGUAUUGAGUACUUUCCAUUGAUAAAUGAUCCGUAUUACACUCAACAAGAUUUACGGAAUUCACUAAGGCGAGCUUCAGCGAUGGGUGUUGACGGUGUAAUUAUUUGGUCAACGUCUAAAAACAUGGCAAAACGAUGUGUUGCUAUCGGGAAUUAUAUUCGCUACCAGCUCGGUCCAGAAGUUCUUCAAUUGAAAGAAUUUACGAAAAUUUGUAGUGAGACUAACAGGUAUCCCGAGAAUUGCAAAUUUUUUCGUGAAAUGAAAAAUGGAUUGAAAAAUUAUCACUGUUACCAGGAGGACUUGGACAUUAUUUUAAUAUAA